AGGCAGUAUAUGUGUAAAGUUUGACAGAGUCAGAAUGCUGUUUUUGUCAUAGUAGGCCUAGAAAAGGCUUCUAUAGGCAAAGGGAUGAACUGCAUCCCUUAGAAGAUCUCCUUAUGUCAUAGAACGUAAAACUUUUUAGAUGUAGAUCAUCAGUAUUUCGCUUUAGAGGGUGCAGGACAUUUUCUGUCUUUGCUACCGGUCUAUUAAGGAGAAGAAAAUAUGAUCACCACUUUCAGUGACGACGAGGACGAGGUCGCCGGGUACCAAGUGGAGAGCCUUACGGAAGCGGGCGAAACUACCUUCAGCAAAGGCUACGAGCCGCUGAUCCGCAACACGCCCGCUUUCGAGCAGGGUUUUUUCGAGGAUGUGUCCGUGCUCCGGCUGCCGCAAAAGCUGGCCCGCGAAGUCCAGCAACCGGGGGCGCAGCUCGAGUUUUGCGGCGACUACAUCCUUCUAAACGGCAUCCGGUACCCGUGCGCCCACCACCAGCUGCCCUACCCGGUGGAAGCGUUCGAGGAGCGGUUUAAGGUGGCUGAUGUGCAACACAUAUCGGUGGUCGAUGGGUCCAGACCAAUAAUACCAGGGGAAAAUCGUAAAAAGAAUAAACCGCCACAUAAAAGAACUCAAGCGGGCCGCGAGAUGAACAACAGCGCAGAUGUGCGCGGAACAGCAUCUGGUACUACACCUGGAAGACAUAAAAAUCCUGCAGAUGAUGAAAACGUCGACCUUGAUAUCGACGAGGAAGGAAAUUAUGAACCUCCCGGUACAUCAACUAAGCAGCCGGGAGAUCAUGCUGACGACAUUGACGAGGAGGGGGCACCUCCUACUUUACAGCAGCCCCGACUGCUCGAAAAGGUCCCGGACUGCGUGAGGCCACAGAGCAUGGGUCUCACGAACGUGCGACGACCGAAGAAGAAGCCCUCGGGCUUCACGGACGAACUGUUGCAAGAGGCUUGGGUCGCACUGGAGGAGCUUGCGACAGACGGCGACUACUCGUACUGCGAGGACAUUGUCGAACUGGACGAGGAGGCGUAUUUGGAGCUGCGCCAGAGACACCGUGCGCAAGAAUGGUUUCCGCCUGACGACAGUGCCUUCGGUAGCGGGGCGGAUGAGGAUGACACCAGUAGCUCCGGCUCCGUUGAUUCGGACUGACCGGAAAAUACGAGCAGAUGCGAUGUCAUUUUUUCGACGACUUGAGUGUAGUUUAGUUCACACCACGACAUCAAUAAGGCGACAAGUAUCUAUUCAUAUCGGCACCUUGUUUGGGUAGCUUCUAGAAUAACAACGCACCUACCUCAUGCUGGUUGGAAUCUUUUCUAAGCACUAUCGAAUUGUUGUCUCCACAGCAGGUCCUUCUAGUUCUGGGCGACACUUACGACUUGAUGGUGUCAGCCAGAUGCGUUAACGACAAAUAUCUGCACGGCCGAUGCGUUAACGAAAAAUAUCUUCCACCGAUCGCGUAGCGAUCAAAUUUGCGUUUCCGCUAUAGUUCUGACAUUAUAAUUUGAAAUACACCAGAUCAGGAGGAAGAUCGUUUUGUAUAAAUAGGUUUCAUCUGUUCCAUUGUGCUACUAACGCUCGAGUUGAUCUACUAUCUUGAAAUGAUGAAGAUCUUUGUGUUGCAUGGACACGAAAUAGCAAGUCGUCGAUUCAAAAUAUCUUUAUUG